CCGAGCAGAGCUGAUGCAGUCUGCACUGCUUCCACAACCCGGUGCGCAGGCUGGACUGCUGCUGCUGCUGCUGCACACCGCAACAGAAGCUCUCCCGGAGUAGUAACACACUACCGAACCGUGCAAUGGCAAAGAAAUAGCCGAGUGUUCGCGGGCAUAGAUGGUAAACCGGCGCUGCCUUCGCUGAGGGAUUAUUUGUGUUUUUCUUUCCACCUGGAGGUGUGAUAUCGCAGCCAUGGUGAGCAGUCAGACUCCCAGAGGUUUACGCAGAGGAGAGCUGGGCUGCGCUCCUCUGCUGGCUGCUGCGCUGCUCAGUCUGCUGCUCGCAGGGAUGCAACAAACCACAGCGUUUCCCUCCUGGAGGUUAGAGGAAGAACCUUACACCACUGUGCUGCUCAUCGGGAUCCGCAAAGAGGCCAGGACACAAGUUCUUCACCUGUCCAGGAACAAACGCUACACCCUCACCCCGGAGCAGCUCAAAUGGGACAAGUUCAAGCUAACAUACAAGUUGCUCUCCUACCCUACAAACUUGAUAAAUGCCAGUGACACGCGCCGAGGCAUUGCCAAGGCGUUUGGCAUGUGGAGCGACGUCUCGCCGUUCAGCUUCAGAGAGGUGCCAGCUGACCAAGAAGCGGACAUUAAGAUCGGCUUCUACCCCGUCAACCACACCGACUGUCUGCAGUCCUACUUGCACCAUUGUUUCGACGGAAUCACGGGAGAGUUGGCUCACGCGUUCUUCCCGCCAACUGGCGAGAUCCACUUUGAUGACCAUGAGUACUGGAUUCUGGGAAACAUGCGCUUUAGCUGGAAGAAAGGGGUUUGGUUGACAGAUCUUGUUCAUGUGGCAACUCAUGAAAUCGGCCACGUCCUGGGACUCAUGCACUCCAUGGAUCCCAAAGCUAUAAUGCACCUAAAUGCAACUCUGACAGGCCGCAAGCUUAUCACACAGGAUGAGGUGUGGGGCAUGCACCGUCUCUACGGAUGUUUGGACCGGUUAUUUAUCUGUCCGGCCUGGGCUCGGAAAGGCUAUUGCGAAAGCAAACGCAAGCUGAUGCAGAAGCACUGCCCGUCCAGCUGUGAUUUCUGUUACGAAUUCCCUUUCCCCACAGUGGCUCCCACUCCGACACCCCCGCGGACCAAGCACAAGCUUGUCAUCGAGGGCAAGAAGCUCACUUUUCGCUGUGGGAAGAAAAUAGCAUCGAAGAAAGGCAAAGUAUACUGGUACAAGGACGGGGAGCUGCUGGAGUUCUCGCAUCCCAACUACAUCUCACUGAAGGACGACCACAUUACUAUAGUGGCCAACGCCAUCAACGAAGGCACAUACACCUGCGUUGUGAAGAAAAAAGACAAAGUUCUCACAAACUACUCAUGGAGGGUACGUGUGCGCUUCUGAAAGGUCAUCUCAGCGCUCUCCACACUGAACUGGAGUUCAUUCUCAUACAUGGUCACAAGACGACCUCACUCACUAGGGCACAUACUUCUGGGUAUUUUUUUUUUUAGAACUGUCUUUACAGAUAUAACUGUCUUAACUUUGACUGUCACUGCGAUUUAAUAUGUAUAAAUAAUAAAUGUUCCGUGACAAGUACAA